AGCGACGACGCGAAACUUCCUCGACGGCGACGGUAAAGACGCGCCUCACCCGGGGCUCUCCUUCACCAAAGCACACAUGGCCAGGCGGUCGGCACGCGUCGCUGUUGCAGAAGCACAGAAUCUUAACGAGUUGAGUUCGCAAGACAGCGCAGACGAGGAGGAUGUUCGUUCAGAGGUCGGCGCGUCGCUUAACAAGCGGUCGAGGAGCACAACAAAGCGUCCUGUCAAAAAGCGCAAGACAUCACAGCAGGGCACAGCCCAUUCGGGUGAAGCCGAUGAAGAUGUUGACCCGGAGAGCGGAGUUUGUGACCUCUAUCAAGCCAUCAUCGACCCUGAGACAUCCUUGCAGACCCUGGUCUCCGACUUUCUGGACAGCUACAGGGACGAGCCUGCAGAGAGCAUGACGCAGCUCGUGCAGAUGAUCUUGAAUGCAUGUGGUACCAAACAGACUGUCACGGCAUUUGAUAUUGAAGAUGUGGAAACUGUGCCAGAAACUUUGAUGCAAUUGCAGGAGCACCUCACCGGCACCGAUCGGAGCAAGGUGCGACUGACUGCGGAUUCGUACCCUCUCGUAUCCCGCGAGAAACAGUUCAAAGUCUUCCGCAAACAGCUGUGUGACUUUGUCCAGAACCUCAUUUCGCAAUGCCGCGACCGCAAGCUCUUGUUUGAUCAAGAGUCAGAACUUAUGCAAGUUUUUGAGACUUGGACCGUCUCGAUGUCAUCCUCGACCUUGCGAGCUUUCAGGCACACCUCGACGGCAAUUUGUUUGGCAACCAUCACAGCUUUGGUCGAUUGCCACGCCAUUCUGCUACGCGAGAUUGCGACUCUCCAAAAGCAACAGACAACUUUACAAAAGACAUCUGGACAAAAGGGCAAUGCAAAGCUAGCGGCGAACAAAAAGGCGCUGCAAUCUAAGGAUAGUGUUUUUCUUGAGAUUAAGACCAUGAUCAACAACUACUUCGACAGUGUCUUUGUGCAUCGUUACCGAGAUACCGAUGGCAAAAUAAGGAGCGAAUGUAUCAAGGAACUCGGACUCUGGAUGCAGCGUCUGCCUUCUGUGUUCUUCCAGGGUGCCUAUCUACGCUAUCUCGGUUGGAUAUUGUCUGAUGUCAAUGCAGCCACGCGCUUGGAAGUGGUGAGGACUCUCUCCAAACUGUACGGCAUCGAGGAAUUCACGGCCAACCUUCGCCACUUCACUUCUAAAUUCAAGGAUCGGAUCCUGGCCAUGGCUCUCUCUGAUGCCGAUAUAGCCGUGCGAUGUGCUACCUUGCAAACAGCGGAUAAAAUGAGGCAACGUGGAUUGCUUGAGGAUGACGACUUGGAGUCUUUAGUGUCAUGCAUCCUUGACAGCGAGCCGCGCAUUCGUGAUGCCACGAGGCCUCUUCUGCAAGGCAUUCUCCAAGAGCGCUCAGAUGCCCUUGUAGAUGACGCGCUGGGUGGCGAUGCCGGGAGUGACGCCGCGGUGGUCGUCCCAUUCAAAGUCAUGGCGUCCACCUUGUUGCAAAUUUGUGGACCGGGUAAGAAGAACCAUGCCUCUUCAGCAAGUAUACAGUCACCGCUGUUGCCUUUACACACUGCCGUAAAUCUAGCUGCCACAACAGCCAUCAAAGGCCUGGCUGGAUUCGAGUUUCAAAUACUCUCGGAUUACAUCCUGAAGGAAGAGUCUAUCGACGAGAAGCAAAACUCCCUCUUACAGUCGACAAGUGCAGAAGAAGGCGUUCUCCUGGAAAUCCUUCUCGCAGUAGCUGAAUCUUCCUUGGCACACGGCAAAAUGGAUGAUGAAGAAGAUCUGGACAUUCUUCGUGGUGCCAUUGUUUCAAGUGUCGGAGACUUGCUGCAAAGGCAUACCGACGCAAGCAAAGUCAAUUCCAUCGCGCGACUCUGUCUUUUGGUAGAUGGCACUGCCUUUGCUGACGCACGCGCCCAAGCGGCGUUUGAGACGCAGCUUGCAUCGCUUGCUCGAUUCUUCAUGACACAUGGCGAGCCCUUCUUGCUGUAUUCCGUCGGGCAGGUUCUAUUGCACUUCUCCUCACAGGAGAGCUUGGCACGAUUCGUGGAGGACCUCAUCAUGGAUCUUAUGCACGAAGUACGAGAGGCACUGCUAGCCCGUGAUCCCGGUGUGUCUCUCGAAUCUCUGCUACUGCGCAUGAGCAUUCUCUCGGGGUUGCACAAUUGUGUGACCGUGUUUGAGCGACCAGAGGCAGUAUUCGACGUCAUCAGACGCGCUAGCUCAACUUUCAAUGCUCCGAUUGCGAAUGCUGCCCGAAUCUGCUUGCGCAAUUACUUCAUGUGGAAAGUAAAGGCCGCACGCAAUGAAUCCAACUUGCGAGAGGAAGUUCGCGAGUUGCGCGACAGGCUGAUCAACUUGUACAAAGAGCAAAUUGGAGCAGGACAAUUAGACGUUGCACCGAGCCUUGUGGAGCUGGAGACCAUCUUUGCGAUCUGCGAAGAAUCAAAUGUCGAAUCUGCGGACUGCGGGGAAGCGGCAAAGGCUGUCGCACAAUCAUUCAUCAAGGCGACAAAGCGCUUCGGUAGCAUGGCUGGCACCAAGGAAGCGGCCGACGUUGAAGCUCUCGCUCACGCCUUGUCGCUUGAUCUUGACGACGAAUUCAGUGAUGACGAGGCUGAGGGUGAGGAAGAAUUGCCGGUGGAUGAGGACAGUGCCCGAGAUGAGAUUCUCGUCAAGCUGGAGGCUGACAUUUGUUCCAUGGCAGGCCUGAUCAUUCGAGCUGUCACAAUGAAGCAGAUGGAUGCUGCGUUUGCUUCACUGUUGACCGCAAACAAGGGGAAGCUGGGCCCAAGUUUUGAUAGGAUGCUCAGAGAGCUGCCUGUAAGCUGAAAGCAGAAUCUCAGGUGUGUCAUUUGUUUCUUAGCCUUCAAGCAGCGCAGAUGCUCAGCUUCUCGUAUUCAUGCUGUGAUGCAGAGCCUCUCUCUUGA